AUGUCAAAUUUGUCAAACAAACGCAAGCAAGAGCAAGAGAGAAGUGUUGGUUUUGCGAAAGAUUUAAUAAAUAUCACAAAAAUUAUUGAUUAUUACAUAUUUUUGCCUUAUGUUCUAAAAAAACAUAUUUUUUUAUCGUCUGAGCAUUCUUCGUAGUGAACUUAUUUGUGUGAUCAGGAGAUCAUUAAUCCUUUCAAGAUGUGUGGUGGUUUUACUUGUUCGAAAAAUGCAUUAAUUGCACUAAAUAUUCUUUAUGUGGUUGUGGCGUCUAUCUUGAUAUCAGUGGCGGUGUACGGGCAAGCCUCGUCGCUGGUGACCAACCUGCCCAUCGUGGGAGGCAUCAUGGCUUGUGGCAUAUUCUUGAUCCUGAUAUCCAUCCUUGGCCUGGCUGGAGCUGUGAAGCACCACCAAGUCAUGCUGUUCUUUUACAUGGUGAUUCUGUUCAUGCUGUUCCUGGUGCAGUUCUCGGUGGCCUGCGCGUGCCUUGCUGUGAACUCUGACCAACAGGAAAUGCUGGCACAACAGGGCUGGAAGAAGGUGGACCUGGAUGUGAAGGAGCAAGUGCAGGAGAGAUUCCUGUGCUGCGGCUUCCAGGACCGCUCCGUGCCACUCAACGGCACCGCUGAUUACCCAUCAUGUGACCUUGUUGAUAAAACCUGCUGCUCUAUAAUGGACAACUCGCCCGGCUGCCAGUGCGCCCCGUGCCUCGGCAAGCUCAAGGAGAGCAUAGACUACGCGUUCAAGCUGUGCGGCGGCAUCGGACUCUUCUUCAGCUUCACCGAGUUUCUGGGUGUGUGGUUGACAGUUCGUUACCGUAACCAAAAGGACCCGAGGGCGAAUCCGAGCGCGUUUCUCUGAAUGUUUGACUUAGCGACGGACUUACGGCAUUUCCACUAAGCUGUUCGCAGUGUGGCUCGCACGACGGUACCGCAACCAGCCCGACCCCAACUACAAGGAGCCCCACGCCAUCUUCCCCCGACAGAACUACCUGUACUGAGCUGUAGUCAUGUGUUAGCUAGCAAUUAUACCCGAGAG